GGCGGGCGGCGCGAAGCGCGGAGCGAGAGCCGGAGCCGCCGCCGCCGCCACCUGCGCGGCCGUCAACAAGAUGUCAUGGCACCCCCAAUACCGCAGCUCCAAGUUCCGACAUGUCUAUGGCAAGCCUGCCAGCAAAGAGAACUGUUACGACUCGGUGCCCAUCACACGCAGCGUCCAUGACAAUCACUUCUGUGCAGUGAACCCCCACUUCAUCGCUGUGGUCACUGAAUGCGCCGGCGGGGGGGCCUUCCUCGUCAUCCCCUUGCAUCAGACAGGAAAGUUGGACCCUCACUACCCCAAGGUCUGCGGGCACAGAGGGAACGUCUUGGACAUCAAGUGGAACCCUUUUGAUGACUUUGAGAUUGCCUCCUGUUCAGAAGAUGCCACGAUUAAGAUCUGGAACCUCCCCAAGCAAUUGUUGGCAAGGAAUCUCACCACCUACAGGAAGGAGCUGGUGGGUCACUCGCGCAGGGUGGGGCUGGUGGAGUGGCACCCCACAGCCGCCAACAUCCUCUUCAGCGCUGGCUACGACUACAAGGUGAUGGUGUGGAACCUGGACACAAAGGAAUCUGUCAUCUCAAGCCCCGUGAAGACAAUCACCUGUCACCAAGAUGUGAUCCUGUCCAUGUCCUUCAACACCAACGGCAGCCUGCUGGCCACCACCUGUAAGGACCGCAAGAUUCGGGUUGUCGACCCCCGCCUAGGGAUUGUCCUCCAGGAAGCCAGCUACAAGGGACACCGGGCCAAUAAAGUGCUGUUCCUGGGGAACCUCAGGAAGCUGCUCUCCACAGGGACAUCCCGCUGGAACAAUCGGCAGAUGGCCCUGUGGGACCAGGACAACCUUUCUGUGCCCCUCACAGAAGAAGACCUGGAUGGCUCCUCGGGGGUGUUGUUUCCCUUCUACGACCCGGACACCAGCAUGCUGUACAUUGUGGGGAAGGGAGAUGGGAACAUCCGCUACUACGAGGUGAACGCUGAGAAGCCUUACCUGAGCUACCUGACUGAGUACCGCUCCUACAACCCCCAGAAGGGGAUCGGUGUCAUGCCAAAGAGAGGCCUCGAUGUGUCUUCCUGCGAGAUCUUCCGCUUCUACAAGCUGAUCACAACUAAGAGCCUCAUCGAGCCGGUGUCCAUGAUAGUGCCGAGGAGGUCAGAAUCCUACCAGGAGGAUAUCUACCCGCCCACCGCAGCGGCCCAGCCCUCGAUGACAGCUUAUGAGUGGCUCAGCGGAGUAAAUAGAGGGCCUGUCAUGGUGUCCCUUAGACCCGGCUCCGGGCUGCUGGACAUCCAGGCGCUGCCUCCAGAGGGACACUUCUUCAAUUCUGUGGUCCAAGUGUCACCCCAGCCCUUAGAAACGAUGACACAGCUGGCCAUGGAUGGUGGCCAGGCACCCUGCUCCCUGCUGGAAGAGAAGGUGCCAAAGUGGGCCCCAGAGCAUCACCUGGAGGAGAAGUCCUGGCUUACCAAUGGCUUUGACGUUUUCGAAAGCCCCCCACCAAAGACAGAAAAUGAGCUGCUGCAGAUGUUCUACCGGCAACAGGAGGAGAUCCGGAGGCUCCGGGAGCUGCUGAUCCAGAGAGAGGUUCAGACCAAGCAGCUGGAACUGGAGAUCAAAAACCUGCGGAUGAGCUUAGGACAAUUCUGAGCAGAGAUCUCCGCCAUCCUCGCCCUCAGGGACACCGCUAGGCUCGGUGGGGGGUCCAGAACCAAACCACAGGUCCCCCAAAACAACCGCUAUUUCUAUAUUUUAUAUCAAAAAACAAAACUCUCAGUCGCUGAAAGAGAUCCCAGUGGGGCACGGUGCCACCCCUCUAUUGCCUUCUCACAGUUUCUGCCCCGGCUGGUUUAGAUUACACCCUGCCUUCUGCUGAAUUCUGGUCUUAAGGGAUGGUGAGGACCUAUGACCUCCCAGAGGGAAAAAGCUUAGUAGAAAGGUCUGGAAGAACUGGGUAGGUCCACCUGCCUAUGGUUUACAACUCUGGCCAUAGAAUGGGGGGACGAUUUGGCCAGUGGGCUCAUUCCAACAGGUGUUCCCCGUCUCCUUCAGCCCACUUUGGAAUAUAUACUUUGAGCACUAAAUUAUUUAUUUUAGAAGUUUGAAAACCACUGAUCUGGCUCAGUUCCCUCAUUCUAUGGGUGAGGAAACUGAGGCCCAGAGAAAGACAGAUAAGAUUUGUUUCCUGGCGAGGCUUGACUGAGGUCCUGUCUCUCUGGGUCUAUCUGACAGUCUCCACAGUAAGAUCCAUCGGUUCUGGCCUCACCUGUGUCCAGACUUACCUGAUGACCUCUUACCCAGUACUUGUCUCUCUGGUCUCAGUUUUUCCAUCUGAACAAGGGGAAUGUUUGCAUGAGCUGCCCUCUCCGUGACCUGUCACCAAAGACUUGAUCCUGACCCAGGUUUAGUGCAGAAACUCACACUGGCUCAGGGGCUCAACCUGAGAGGAAUGAGUGAAAAUUUUCUAAACCACACUGGCCAAACCAAUCCUUCCAGCCACAAUCAGCUGUGUCCAUGUCCUGCCACCUCCAGGAGGGCAGAAGCGGACUUCCACCCAGGUUAUCUAAAGGCCUCUGGGAGGUAGGGGUCCCCAGCAUAAAAUGUGGCCAAGCCCUGUGGCCACCCACCAGUAAGGGCUGUGGUCAACUGCACUAAGUGAGAAAGUGGGACCGGAUGGCACCCAAUCUGAAAGCCUGUUUCCCUCUCUUGUGCCCAAUUUGGAGACUUUUCUUUCUUGGUGGUCGGUACAACAGCCCACUGGUGGCUGAGAAGAACUUGAGACAAAGCUUACCAAAGGAGAUGCCCCCACCCCACUCCCACUCCCCUCUGAACAGACAGGCAGUGUUUUCCCCAUCUCACAGGGUCACUCGAGCUCAAAUGAGAAUUGCAGGGGUCACCCAGACUAACAGAUUUUGACCCAUGUUACCCUUCUGGACUGGCACACUGAUGACCAGACCUGCCCCACUGAAGCUGACUCUUCAGUGGAGGGGAUGGCCCUCUGGACAAGCUACCCAGAUGACCUCAGGACAGUGGAAAUGGAGACACAGGCUAGUCUGUGUCUUGCCUGUAUUGGCAAGGAAAGUGGUACAAUCCCAAGACUCCCACGUUGCCUUGUCACUCCUCGUCGCUGGCAUCUGCACACACUGGAGUCCUGCGGUCCUUGAUUUAGCCUCCAUCCAUCCAUCCAUCCAUCCAUCACUAGCCCAAGACUCCUAACUCCGAUGAUGAGCCAGCUAUGCUGGCCUUAUUUGUACUCCUCAGUAAAAGGCUAAGUCCCGGGCACCCUACCCCCAACCCCAUGUUCAGCAGUCAGGCCAACCUCGGAGUGAAGAAACCAGCCCAAAGCCACUGAUGCCACCCAUGUGUGGCGGGGGUGGGGCCUAGAGAGCGUCCCAUUACAUCUCUGCACAGCACCAUACCCCUGCAGAAGUUCUCCUCACUGUAAGGGACAGACCAGAUCUCAGAGUCGAGAACAGGUCACAAGCGGCUAUGAACAAAUUUGUUGUUCUUUUUGUUUUUGUUUUUGUUUUUUUUACAUCUAGAGUAAAUUAUUUAAAUUAUUUCAUAGCAAGGUAAAGGGAUAGGUAAUUUUUAUCAGAUAUUUUUUAAGUCGUCUUUUUUUUUAAGAUUAUAAUUUUAUUUUCUUGAGCUAAUGGAGCAGCAGUACCCACUGAGGCAGCGUCCCCCCAGAUGGCAAAGGAGCGCCCAUCUCCUCACUUCAUGCCUUGGGAGCUCCCUUUCUGUUGACUCAGGAACUUUGUGUGGAUGAGGAGAGCGCCUGGGGAUGAGCAGUUGGCUGGUACUCACUCACCUUAGCUCUAGAAUAAUUCUGCUUCCUGGAACAAAACUUGAGGUCUUGUAUGAGAGGGAAACAGGAAGUGAGAAACAGAUCUAUGCUUUUCAUAUGAAACCGUGCCUGAAGCUGUUUGAGUGAUUGUUUUAAUGUUUCUUAAAUUCCUUGUACCUUUGUAAAAAAAAAAAAAAAAAAAAAAAAAAAAAAAAAAAAAAA